AUGGCGGAUCUUCAACUUCCGGAGCCCUUUGCAAGCAUUCCGCGCGAGCCACUCACCUUCGGACCCUCGCCGAUCCAGUACCUGCCCCGCAUCUCGGAGGCCCUCGGCGGCAAGGUGAAGGUGUACGCCAAGCGAGAGGACUGCAACUCCGGGCUUGCCUUUGGGGGCAACAAGACGCGGAAACUUGAAUACCUUGUUCCCGAUGCCCUCGCGCAGGGAUGUGACACGCUCGUCAGCAUCGGCGGGGUGCAAUCCAACCACACCCGCCAGGUCGCCGCUGUGGCCGCUAAGCUGGGGCUCAAGGUCGCUCUGGUGCAGGAACACUGGGUAGAAUGGUCCGACCCGGGCUACGAAAAGGUUGGCAACAUACAGCUGUCGCGACUGAUGGGCGCCGAUAUCCGGCUGCAUCCGUCCGAGUUUGGGAUCGAGCACAAGCAGACCCUCGCCAACCUCAAGGCGGAGCUUGCGGAUGCUGGGCACACGCCGUACUAUAUCCCCGCAGGAGCAUCAGAUCACCCGCUGGGCGGUCUAGGCUUCGCGAGGUGGGCGUUCGAGGUUGAAGCCCAGGAGAAGGAACUGGGUGUUUUCUUUGACACAGUCAUCGUGUGCGCCGUGACAGGAUCCACCAUGGCAGGCAUGGUCGCCGGCUUCAAGUUGGCAGAGAAGAAACUGGGGUCGCCCAAGCGCAAGGUGGUGGGCAUUGACGCCUCGGCCAAGGUGAAGCAGACGUUUGACCAGGUGCUGCGCAUCGCCAGGCAAACAGCGUCCAAGAUUGGCCUGCACGAGGACGACAUCACCGAGGCCGACAUAAUCCUCGACGACCGCUAUCACGCAGGCAUUUACGGGAUUCCAGAUGAGCAGACGCUCGAGGCCAUCAGGUUCGGCGCCCAGACCGAGGCUUUCAUCACCGACCCGGUCUAUGAGGGGAAGAGUCUUGCGGGAAUGGUGGAUAUGAUCAGAAAGGGCGAGAUAGCGGCGGGGAGCACCGUGCUGUAUGCUCACCUCGGUGGCCAGCUUGCCCUGAAUGCGUACUCGAGCAUCGGCUUGUCCUGA